CCGGAAUCCAAAUCAUGGCUUAGGGAAAAGGGUAGAGUGAGAAAGACUAGAGACAAGGAAAAGGCCAGUUAGCCCACGCCCUGGGCCUCGAGUUGGAGAAAGGAGGAGAGAGAGAGAGGAGCGAGCUUUCAGGUGCAGAGGUGAACGUGCCCUAUUUGAGCAGAUCUAGAUCUAUCCAUGCACUCUCCCCAGCUUGAAAACGACGAAGGUAGGGAAGAGGGGGGAGAGAGAGAGAGAGAGAGGGGGGGAGAAGAGGAAAGAGGUCAUUAGAAUCCUCGCCAAACCAUGCCGGACAAAGCAAUUAUAACGGAGCCAAAAGAGGGAUGGAUGGACUUGUAGGCCGUUGCUGGUGACUCGCAGCUUUGUAUCCUUGGGAAUGGAGUCGGUCAAUAGCAGCUCAGUGAUGCACUGUUCUUCUAAGAGUAAAGGAGGGAAGGAAGGGAAAGAAGAGCACUACUCCCAGGGAGCAGCGAGCACGAGAGCCUUAGCAAGCAGCAGCAGCUUUGUAGUAUCUCUUCUUUAUUAGGCAAACAAAGCUCAAGGUAACAAACACAAGCACAAGCACAAGCAGUAGUACCAUUUAUUUGAGGAGAAGGGAAUAAGGUUUUGGCCUCCGCCCUUUUAUUUUUUGCCCUUUUUCUUUCCCAACCUUUUUCUCCACCCAACUGCCUUUUAAUGGCAGCAGCAGACGAGGAGUAAGUGUCAGCUACUCUUCCUCGUCUUCUUCCUAUCUUUUAACACACCCUUCACGCUUUCCUCUUUACCUUUUUUUUGUUUCUCUCUUUCUUCUUUCUCUUUAGCCGGUGCCGUGCGAGUUAAAAAAAAUUAAACAAACGAACGAAGAAUAGUGGAGAAAGAAAGAGGAAGGAAAACAAGAAGAGGAAGGGUCUUUUUUUUGGUUCUAAAACUGGCGGUGAGUCCAUGGACGCCUACGAGGCGACGAGGAUCGUGUUCUCGAGGAUUCAGAACCUGGACCCGGAGAACGCUGCCAAGAUCAUGGGGCUUCUUUUGAUCCAGGACCACGGCGAGAAGGAGAUGAUCCGCCUCGCCUUCGGCCCCGAGGCCCUCGUCCACUCGGUCGUCCUCAAGGCCCGCAAGGACCUCGGCCUCCUCCCCUCCUCCACCGCCACCGCCGCCUCCCCGUGCUCCUUCCUCCUCGCCCGCCAGAACUCCUCCUCCCGCCUCGGCCUCGCUCCUCUGUCGCCGCUCUCGAUAUCCUCCCCCUCCUCCUGGGCUCCGCCCCCCGUCUUCUCCCGGAUCAACAGCAACGGCAGCGCUCUCAACGGCUCCGCGGACGACGUCGUCCAGAACCCCACAGACGAGCUCGUGAGCCCAAGCAAUCCGGCUGCCGCCUCCCCGUUCUACGCCGGGGCUGACCUCAUCGACGAGUUCCAGCUCCACGACCAGCUCUCCUUCCUCAACGACGUCCACGCCUCCUCCCACAUCCCCAUCGGGCCCAAGUCCGUCCCCGCCGGCGGCGACCUCUUCUACCCGGACGUCGACCGGAGCCCGAGCGGCGACGGGAACGGGAUGCUCUUCCCCUAUGGCGUUGGCUGGGGAGCCAACGGCCAUCACCGCCGGAUCUGCUCCGUCACCGACCUCUGCUUCGGCGCCGACCCCGCUGGCGCCGGUUUCGGGUGGAAGCCCUGCCUCUACUUCGCACGGGGCUACUGCAAGAACGGCAGCGCCUGCCGGUUCCUCCACGGCCUUCCCGACGACGCCGCCACGGCGGCGGCGGCGAUGGCUGGAGGUAAUAAAAUGGACGCCGUGGUCGAACAGCAGUGCCAGGAGCUGCUGCUGAGGUCAAAGAGCCAGAGACUGGGCGGCGCCUCCCAGCUCACGGCCUCCGCCUUUCCCUACUCCCCCACCGGCUCCGUCCCGCCGUCUCCCUCGUCGAGCAAAUGCCUCAACUUCUUCUUACAGCAGCAGCAGAGUGAGAGCCAAAGGGCGGCAGCUGCGGCGGCGCUGAUGCUCGGCGGGGACGAGAGCCACAAGUUCAUGGGCCGGUCUAGAAUGGAAAGGAGUGACUUUUCCGGCAUGGUGAAUCCAGGAUCGAGGCAGAUCUACUUGACCUUCCCGGCCGACAGCACCUUCCGAGAAGAAGAUGUCUCGAACUAUUUCAGUAUUUAUGGGCCAGUUCAAGACGUAAGAAUUCCAUACCAGCAGAAGAGGAUGUUUGGGUUCGUAACCUUCGUCUACCCGGAGACAGUGAAGCUGAUCCUGGCCAAGGGGAACCCCCACUUCGUGUGCGACGCCCGGGUCCUCGUCAAGCCCUACAAGGAGAAGGGAAAGGUCCCCGACAACCUUCUGAUCCUCUCUGCCCGCAGGAAGCAGCAGCAGCAGGCCGAGAGGGGGGAUUUCUCUGGCUGUACUACCCCUACUGGCCUCGACUCCAGAGACCCCUACGACCUGCAGCAGCUCGGAGCAAGGAUGCUGUACAGCGGCAACAGCACCCCGGAGUUGUUGCUGAGGAGGAAGCUAGAAGUGCAGCAGCAAGAGGCGGAGCUGCAGCAGGCCAUUGAGCUCCAACACAGGCGAUUCAUGGGCCUCCAGCUCCUCGAUCUGAAAACCCGCAGUCUCUCCUCCUCCAUGGCCACCUCCACCAUUUCCACUCCUCCAACCAUCGCCAUUCCUUCUCUGGAUUCCAGGAGCAAUGGUGGAAGCCAGGAAGACUCGCCAUCCGAAGACAGCAAGAGCUCCAGCACCACGCCUGGCGCGGCACCCGGCCUCAAGCGAAACAGCUCUUCCCAUGGGCUGCUUCGCCAGACGCCAGUCGACCCUGCCCAUAAGGAGGAAUCUUCCGGUGAGGCGAACCCCAAAGACGAUGGCGAUUUCCAAGAAAGCGCUGAGCAUAACCUGCCGGAUAGUCCCUUUGCUUCGCCAACCAGGUCUUCGUUUACGCUCGACUCCGCCGUCGGCGAAGCUGAUAUCGCGGCGGCCUCCGCCGCUGCUACGGCUUCCUGCAAUGGCACCAACGGCAGCAGCAACAGCCAUCUCAUGACCUCCACGCUGCUGCCGACUACUUCUACACUGGACAUGACCUCCUUCAAGUCUUGCUUCUUUCAGAUGCCCAGGUUCUCGUCCGGUCGUGGAGCGAUCGGAAUGUAAAGUGGGGGGAACUGGCUCAUGGGAGUGAGCCGGCCUUCCGAAAUCAAAGAAGGAAAAAGUCAUAGUGGAAAGAGUAUAGGAAAAGAGAAGUUGCAGUCAGGAUAGAUAGUGUUUCAAGGUUAAUAGUUUUUGUUUUUAUAUCUUUUCUUAAAUUGUAAGCUAUAGACUGGCCUCCACUGCCUCUCCAAGCCCCUCGGUGCCAUGUCAUAAUGCAGCUGCUUAAAGAAAGGAAACAAGGAUAGGGGUGAUAAGGAGGAAGAAAGGGCAUGGAAAGGAACAACUCAGUCGUCAGCAAUCAAUCAGACUACCACCAAUGCAGCAUUACUAAAAGCCCACUACUUUCUACUACUACUGCUGCUGCUACUACUACUAUUACUACUGGUGCUAGUGCAAGCAAGCUAGCUACGUAGCCAUCAUCUACCACCAGCCAUCAGAUACUUAACAUUUGAAUACGGAGUACAGACACCAAACAGAUGAGAACAGGACAGGACAGGAAAACAGAAGCCAGACUGAUCGAUUUCCGAAAGGAUAGCUAAGCAAAGCAGAGGAAAGGACCGCCGCCUAGCGGAGGAGAAGUUAAAAGGAUUGGAGAGCAACGGUUUAAUCAUCGCCAUGAAGGUUGUCAUCAACCUCCUGCGUCGUCUCCCUUUCACCCUUUCCAAUUGUCUUUUACCUUUUACCUUCAUCUUUCUUUCUUCUUCUUUUUUUUACUUUUAAAUCUACUGUAGGUGACAGUGAUAAGAGAAAAAGCUAAGAAACAAUAUUUUCUACUGCUUUUUCACUUGUGUGUAAAUAUUCAAGAUUUAUCCCUGCUUGCGCAA